AUGGGCUCAAUCGCAAUCACCGAUCCUUUGUUCGAAUCCGUCGGUCUGGGUGCUCUGACUCUCAAUCACCGCGUUGUUUUGGCACCACUAACGCGGAUGAGAGCGGGCAAGGAGUCUGAGGGUGUUUAUGUUCCGAAUGAGCUUAAUGUCAAGUACUAUUCGCAGCGAGCUUCGGGGGGAGGGUUUAUGUUGACCGAGGCAACUCCGAUUAGCAGACAUGCUGCUGGAUACCCGGGAGUACCUGGUAUCUUUACUACCUCGCAAAUCGCUGACUGGAAGGUUACCGAUGCCGUGCACGCCAAGGGGGCUUAUAUAUACUGUCAGCUGUGGCAUGUUGGUCGCGCCACUGUUUCCACCUUGGGAUGUUCGUUGAAGUAUCAGUCAGUACAAGCAAAUCCAUCAAAGAAACUUCUGAAUUUAUUUUCUUUCAAAGUGCAAUAG